UUGUACGAUUGUAUUCUUCCGUAAGAAUAUCAACAUACUGUUGUGACAGACCAUAAGUACAUCAUUCUAAAAUACACUGAACCAUUUGUGACCGUUUCAACGGAUCGAAACACCUGCUCAUUAAAAAACAUAAUCAUAUUUGUGUGCAUAGAACAGAAUUGGUGUUAAAAUAUUGAUCGUGCAUGAAUCAUUUAGCAAAACAAUUACACAUUGUCAAACCGAAAAAAAAAUAACAAUUACUCAUUGAUGAUAAUUAAGUACACGGCUUGAGUGCGUGACGUUUACAAUCUAGGUUUUGAUUGAAGUUUAGUUCUGAAAUAUUUUGGGAAAACAAUAGCAACGAAGAUCAGAUUUGUUGGUGCAUUAAAACACAAAUAGUUGAAACCGGAAUUUUUCAAUUUUUCCUACUCUUUUUGUUUCACUCCAUGCUCCAUGAAAUUCGAUACAAUUUGAAUGCGUAUAGAACAAAAUAAAAGUGCUUGAAUCGUGUAAAUUUUGAAUUUUUGUAUACGUAGUAAAUAAUCGAAAUAUCGGUGUAAAUUAAGCAGAUAAAGAAAACAGUGAACAAUUUAAGUAGCAGCAAGCAAAAAAAAUGUGGUGGCUUCAGAACAAAUUGAAUUUGAUGCACGCACAAAAAUGGCAUUCAUUCAAUCACAUUCGAUCGGUGCCAGUAACUUUAGUUGUGUUAAUAACUGUGAUGUCAGUGUUAUUUGCGUCCGCUCAAAUACAAUAUCCUAAGGAAAGGGUAUCCUUGGUGGCAAAGGACAACAACACAUUGUUGGAUCCCGGAUUUUUGCCAUUUUUAACGGAAUGCAGCAAAUCAAAUGUUGGAGCUUCAAAAGAACUGUGUACAAUGUAUUAUGAUAUGGUUUAUAAUACAUAUGAGCUCGGUGCAAAGGGACUCGACACAAAAAUAGCCAUCCAAAAGGCAGACAAAGAGCUUGAUAACCAGCAGCUGGUUAAGGAAUUUUGUGAAAUUUUCCGUAACGAAACCACCAAUACGCUGGACAAACAACCAUUUUCCCAAACAAAUGGCUACAAUAUAACGGAGUGGAUAAAGACGAGUUUAAUCUGUGAAGUGAACUGCUUGCAGAAGGGCAAACAACCAAAUUUGGUGGAAAUCAAGCAAGUUUGCAAAUUCAUUUCGGGCGGCUGUCGAUGGAUCGGAGAACAAAAGAAAAAACUAUAUUUCGCUAGUUUGGUACCACCAAAUGCAAACCAAAACCUAGGCGAAGCGGUUAAUGACAAUGCCGGUGGAAAAGGGGAUGCAAACGCAGCCGUGAAUAACGAAAAUAAAGCACGGCCGAUCGCAAUUAUUAAUGCGAAUGCUAAUGGAAAUUCAAGUCCGGCACAAAAUACACUCCAAGAUCCAGCUCCAAACAAUGAUGCCAUAACGAAUGCAAAAUCAAGCUCGAAUCCAGAACCGAAAAAGCCCAAUUCAAAAGCACCCGAAGAGACUCAAAUUUCAAAACAAGUAGAAAUAUCAGUACCAGCCGGUCAACAACCACAGAGACAGCUACCUGCAAAAGUAACACCCUCAUUGAAUAGAACCAGCCCAUCAAAUCUAACCACUAACAAUAACAAAUCAAGCAAUAUCAACAUUGUGGAAACGAAAAUUGUGCAGCCACCGCCGCUACCACCAGCAGUCACACCCAAGCAAGCUCGACCUCUGUCUCCGGAUAAUGAAAGUGAAGAUGACUUAGAAGUGAAUGACAAAAAGCCUGAUAUCGACGACGAAAAUCCAGAAAUUGAAGACGAAACAGAAGAGGAUAAUCACAAUGAAGAAGAGGUGCCGCUUGAAAUGAAUAACAGUAACAAUAAUAUCAAUGUGAAUAAUAUGCAUAAUACGCAAAGCCGUUUGUUGGCCAACCAAGGGGAGUUUCGUGCGGAUAAAGAGUCCAGCUUUUUCCCAUAUUUCAUGUUUUUAAUGUUUGUUGUAGUCACAUUCUAUGUUGCUUAUCACAAUAAGUCCAAAAUAUUAGCAUUACUCAUUGAGGGUCGACGUAGUCGAAGCUAUUCGUCACGCAGCGGCAGCGGUAGGAGAAAACAACAUUCAGCCGAAUAUCGCAAACUUGAUUCAAAUCUCGAAGAAGCCAUUCAAUCAGACGGUGGCCAUGUACUGUCCACUCAAAUCAUUUACUAAAAUUGUCCAUAUAAUUGUUGAUCAAAUGUGAUUUUGAUUUAUGCUACUCUUCUCGCUUCAAGACACAAGUAGAAGAAGAAACAAGCAAUGUGAAGAAAAAAUAAAGCGAACAAAUCAAAGCAAUGGAUUUGAAUUGACACUUCAU